AAUUUAUUAAAAUCUGGCAAUGCAGCAUCCAUCUUUCAAUGCAUUUUUUUCUGUUUUGUGAUUGAAUUUUAGUAUUUAAUCCGUAAUAUAAUAAACAAAAGUGAAGAUAAAUUAGUAAUAAUAUAGCAAGUGUUUUAUAAAAACAUCUGAGUACAAACACCUGACAUAAAGAUGUCUUCAGGAAGACCGAUUAAAUGUGUAGUGGUGGGCGAUGGAACCGUUGGAAAAACAUGCAUGUUAAUAUCAUACACCACGGAUAGUUUCCCUGGGGAAUAUGUACCAACAGUUUUCGAUAAUUAUUCAGCACCAAUGGUUGUGGACGGGGUGGCGGUAUCCCUAGGGCUAUGGGAUACAGCUGGACAAGAGGAUUAUGACAGACUGAGACCUUUAAGUUACCCACAAACAGAUGUCUUCCUUAUAUGUUUUAGUGUAACAAGUCCAUCAUCAUAUGAGAAUGUGACUUCAAAAUGGUAUCCAGAAAUAAAACAUCACUGCCCAGAUGCACCCAUAAUCCUUGUUGGUACAAAAAUUGAUUUAAGGGAUGAUCGUGAAACAUUAAGCCUGCUUUCCGAGCAAGGGAUGUCCCCUUUGAAGAGGGAACAAGGACAGAAACUGGCCAAUAAAAUAAGAGCUGUCAAGUAUAUGGAGUGUUCAGCUUUGACACAGCGUGGUCUUAAGCAAGUAUUUGACGAAGCAGUCCGCGCGGUGUUGAGACCAGAGCCACAGAAGAGACACCAGAGGAAGUGUUUGAUUAUGUAAAUAUGGCACACGUUGACACCAAUAUGUCACAAGCAGGAAUCUCAAAGCAACAGUAAUAAUAUGUUUCUAAACCAGUAUUAGAACAUUUCGAGUUUGUUACAAAUUUUCAUUACUAGCAAUUUUCUUUUGCAUUUUAAUGUGCCAUAAUAUAACUAAUGGUGAUAUCUUCUAUGUGAGACAAAAUUGAUAUUAUGUAUCAAGUAUCAACAUCACAACAAAGAAUUUUUAUUUUAUGUUUUCUGCUUGAUGAAGCAAAUGAAAAUGCCAAAGAUUUAAGAAUAGAUAGUAAGUUUCAAUAUUUUUAGUUGCAUUAUAGGAGAGCUAAGGUUGGAAACAAAUUGUUACUGUUUAUUUAAAUUUGAGAAUUUGUAAUAUUAUUUUUAUAAUAUUAUGAAAUAUGACCUCAAGAAUUUUGAUGUUUCGAAUUAUUCUUAUGCAACUUGUGAAUAAGGACUGACAAUUAGUAUUGAAGCUAGUUAUGUGAAUUGCAUACUCAAACAAUAGUAAUUUCUUAGUUGUGAGGGUGAAUAUUUUGUAUUGACUGG